UCGCCGAUGCACUGCGUGAAAGUUCGCUUUGCGAUUACGAUCAUUAUAACGGUCGUUGACCGGCGUUAUGACAAAAAUAAUUGUCACUAAAACACACAGGGUCGUAAUUGCCCAGCAGUGGUUCAGUGAGUGAAAUGAUGAAGUCAAAGAAUGCAAGAGAGAGAAAGUCAAGUGAGCGAGCAGAGGCGCGACUUGCUGUUUUAGAAACAAGAGAACGAAAAACGAAGAAAAGAAUAAUCUCCUUGAAUAAGCAGAGUAAGCACUCAACGCACGUGUAUCAGCAAGAAAGGGACCCAUGUAACGUCAUGCCCAACCAGCUGGCUCUAACGACGAACGCCUUUGUAAAAAAUAGAACUAUGGAUGAUCGAGCCACCGGACGGCAAAUAAAAAACGCCUCACGGAAGCUGCUGCGAAUCACUCCCUGCGAAAUUUCGUUAAAUAGUACAAUUUCAUUACAAUUUUCUUUUCCCAGAUGCCCAAAACUUUUACCCUCAACUUUCAACAUUUCUCGAACGGAAAUAUUAGAAAGUGGAGAGUAUGAAGUGUUAAAAAGCACCCGGAGGGUUAUAUGAAUUGAAUCUGGUUUUAUAGACUGGCC